AUGGUGGGUGUGGAUGUCGUCUUCAUCGUCGUUGCCUUCGUCAUCGUCGCCUUCGUCAUUGUCGUCUCAUUCAUCGUCGCUUCGUCAUCGUCGUCGCCUUCGAUCGUCGUCGUUGUAUCGUCGUUUCAUUCGUCGCCGCCUUCGUCAUCGUCGUCGCCUUCGUCAUCGUCGUCUCAUUCGUCGUCGCCUUCGUCAUCGUCGUCGCCUUCGUCAUCGUCGUCUCAUUCAUCGUCACCUUCGUCAUCGUCGUCGCCUUCGUCAUCGUCGUCUCAUCUGUCGUCGCCUUCGUCAUCGUCGUCGCCUUCGUCAUCGUCGUCGCCUUCGUCAUCGUCGUUGUCGUUUUCAUCAUCACCUACAGACGUGUGUUUAUAUCCACGUCCAAUGUUUCUACUCAAUGAGCUGCGGCACCAAAAAGUUACCUAA